GCGGCAGGCCGCGCAGGCGCGGUGGAUCGGUGCUGGUCAAUCCCGAAUGUUGAGGGGCCGCUAACUGGGUCCAGCGGUGUUAGAAGGGGUCACCGAGUGGGUCUGUGUUGUGGUGGGGUAAGGCGGCCGGCACCAUGUCGAGGCAGGCGAACCGUGGCACCGAGAGCAAGAAAAUGAGCUCUGAGCUCUUCACCCUGACCUAUGGGGCUCUAGUCACCCAGCUGUGCAAGGACUAUGAAAAUGAUGAAGAUGUGAAUAAACAGCUGGACAAAAUGGGUUAUAACAUUGGAGUCCGACUGAUUGAAGAUUUCUUGGCACGGUCAAAUGUCGGGAGGUGCCAUGACUUUCGGGAAACUGCAGAUGUCAUUGCCAAGGUGGCGUUCAAGAUGUACUUGGGCAUCACUCCAAGCAUCACCAAUUGGAGCCCAGCUGGUGACGAAUUCUCCCUCAUUUUGGAAAAUAAUCCCUUGGUGGACUUUGUGGAACUUCCUGAUAACCACUCAUCCCUUAUUUAUUCCAAUCUCUUGUGUGGGGUGUUGCGAGGAUCCUUGGAGAUGGUCCAGAUGGCUGUGGAGGCCAAAUUUGUCCAGGACACCCUGAAAGGAGACGGUGUGACAGAAAUCCGGAUGAGGUUCAUCAGGCGGAUUGAGGACAACCUCCCAGCUGGAGAGGAAUGACCAUCCCCAGGACUUCAGCGUAGCUGGCAGGAGCCUUGUUGGAGUCAGAAAGCCUCAGUGCUCCCUCUGCCCUCUAGAAUUAAGUCAGUGACUGUUUAGCACGGAUGUUAUAUAUUCUUCUAACCUUGUUUCCCUUCUCCAUGUUAAUAAAGAGAGGACUGUGAUAUAGUCCAUUUACCCUACAA